AUGCCCAACAUCACGGUGUUCCCGCAUCCAGCGGACACCAGUUGGAACUCCCCUUACAGUGUUCCAGUUCAGGUUGUGGUAUGGCUUAUCAUCAUCGUAUUAAGUUUGGAAACUAUCAUUGGAAACGCUAUGGUUAUUGUGGCAUACAGAAUUGAGCGAAACAUUAGUAAACAGGUCAGCAACCGAUAUAUCGUAUCUUUGGCUAUUUCUGAUUUAAUCAUUGGUAUAGAAGGAUUUCCGUUUUUCACUGUAUAUGUACUAAACGGAGAACGGUGGCCGCUGGGAUGGGUUGCAUGUCAGACAUGGCUGUUUUUAGAUUAUACGUUAUGCUUAGUUUCAAUUCUGACAGUUCUGCUGAUUACGGCGGAUAGAUAUCUUUCUGUUUGCCAUACUGCAAAGUACUUGAAAUGGCAGAGUCCAACAAAAACGCAACUUUUGAUUGUCAUGUCUUGGCUACUGCCGGCAAUUAUAUUUGGUAUCAUGAUUUAUGGUUGGCAGGCAAUGACAGGACAAUCUAAUAGUAUGUCGGGCACCGAGUGCUCUGCGCCAUUUUUGAGUAAUCCAUAUGUGAAUAUGGGGAUGUAUGUCGCAUAUUACUGGACGACUUUGGUAGCAAUGCUCAUUCUUUAUAAGGGUAUUCAUCAAGCUGCCAAAAAUCUCGAGAAGAAAGCGAAGGCGAAAGAGAGAAGACAUAUUGCGCUGAUUCUGAGUCAGAGACUGGGAACACAGGUCGGUGUGUCUUUGAUGCUCCAGUCAAAAGCGGAAAAAGAGAAAGCUGAAGAAGCACAGAAAGAUAGUGGAUACACAAGUAAUCAAGCAGGGGGCUCGAUGAACACCGACAAUGAUCAAAACCUCGGAGUCAUUGAAGAAGAAAGAAGUGGAUUUCUCUCGCGAAGAGAAAGCAACGAAAGCUACUAUCCCGGACCACAUCCAACGGCGGCGAAUUCUAGACGAUGUAGUGAAAUGGAGAAAGUUUCUUUGUUAAGUGAAAGUGAUGGAGUACAGAGUACACGACCAGCUAAAUCUUAUGGAAGACUUUCACUUAGGUCUCGUUACAGUGCAUCAGAUAGUAUAACAACUACACACGAGGAAGAGAAGGAAAUCGAAAAAGCUGAUAGCCUACGAAAACUUUUCGCCGACGACGAACUCGGAUCGGUACUUAAUUUUAAAGAAGAAAAACUCAAAAAUACGGAUUCUAAUAAUGACAGUGAUACCACGUCUGUGAUAUUGCAACGAAGUAGGAAAUAUAAGAAGAACAAACGACCACGAUCCAGUAGGCGUUCGGAGCAUUCCACUCCUAGGCAGAUAGCGAAAGUUAAGCAGGCGGAAGCAACUGCAGUACAAUUGAUUGAGGAACCUGUUCCUGAGGGCGAUCAGAUGGAGACAAUUGAAGUGAAACGAACAGAUCGAUGGGUUGUUUCAAUGAAAAAACGAAUCGCCAGAGCACUGGUCCGUCGGCGGAGUACCAGACAGGAACGAGGAAGUAGCAGCAACAGCGAUGAUUCCUCUUCCGAAGUUGAAGGCGAAGAGAAGCCGGAAAACCGGAAUAACAGUCUAAAAGUCCCUCAAUUGACUGUCAAUAACAACAAUGAUCGAGGCGAGACUUCAACACAACCAGAACGUGAUCGUCUUGCACCACCAAACAAAACCGAUACUUUCCUAAGUGCUUCUGGAACUAUCACCUUCAUUGUUGGUUUCUUCGCUAUCCUCUGGUCACCAUAUUACAUUAUGGCAACCGUGUAUGGCUUCUGUAAAGGAGAGUGCAUUCCGUCGUUUUUAUACACCUUAUCAUACUACAUGUGCUACUUGAACAGCAGUGGCAAUCCGUUUGCGUACGCUCUUGCCAACCGACAAUUCCGAUCUGCUUUCAUGAGAAUGUUCCGCGGCAACUUUAACAAGGUUGCUUAG